UUUGUUAUGUUCCAACACAAUCUGCUCUUUGGAGGAAGUUUAGAUGGAUACGAUCAGCAUGGGGAUUGGAUGUUUGAUGUCGACAAUAUGUCAUAUGAGGAACUGCUCAAUUUGGGUGAUAGGAUUGGCUAUGUGGGUACAGGGUUACAAGAGGAUGAGAUUUUUCGCUGCCUAAGGAAAUCGAAGCACUCAAUGUCAGAAUCCUUUCCACUACUUAAGUCUACCGACAAGGAUUGGAAGUGUAGCAUUUGUCAAGAGGGCUGGAAAGCAGAUGAUAAGAUGGGAAGACUGGAUUGUGGACACUAUCAUCAUUUACAUUGCAUUAAAAAGUGGCUUUUGCAGAAGAAUGCAUGCCCGGUCUGCAAAACUGCAGCUGUAGCCAACAAAUGAGGCCGGAACGCCUUUGAAAGUCAUCUCCUUUCAACCAAACUAGUUUUGGAUAGAAGUUUCAACUCUCUACUUUGCUCUAUACAAGUACACAAUUUUUGUUGUACCAUUUAGGUCCCUGUUUACCUUGGCCUUCUGGUUCGAGUCAAGUUGCCAAAGGGGGGGG